AAAAAUAAGCACAUGGCGCCCUUUUUUGCUUCGAUUGUUUUUUUAAACAUCAUUCUCUUUUCUCUCUCUCCCACCCAACAACAUCGAUCUUUACCUACAUUCAAGCUGUCUGCAGGGGUGUGUGUUGUGAGUUUUAUAACUAUAUCUACUACUAUAACAUGAGUGAUCUAUCAGCAGCAGCAGCAGCAUCAGCAGACGACGCGUCAUUGACAUAUCCUAUGAAUAACAGCGGCCUAUAUAAAGGAGUGGGUGUUUCCUUGGCCAUUGCCAGCGGUAUAUUCAUCGGCACUAGUUUUGUUUUCAAGAAAAAGGGACUUGUUCAAUCGAUAGAACGCUCAGGAGGAGUUGCCGGAGAUGGUUACGCAUAUUUGACCUCUGCUAUGUGGUGGGCAGGAAUGGUGCUAAUGGUAAUUGGGGAGCUUUGCAAUUUUGUCGCAUACGCUUUCACACAGGCAAUGCUAGUUACUCCUCUUGGUGCAUUGAGCGUUGUUGUCAGUGCUAUACUGUCCUCCAUCUUUCUGAAAGAAAGACUGUCUCUGACAGGGAAAAUCGGUUGCUUUAUAUGUAUUGUCGGGUCGAUUGUUAUUGUGCUACACGCUCCCGAGGAGGCUGCUGAGGACACAUCUAUCGAGACUUUUAAAGAGCUCGUUCUUUCUGUGGGCUUUUUGGUUUAUGCAUCCCUCUUGAUUCUAGUCGCGUUGGGUCUUAUUUUUUUUGCCGCACCGCGGUGGGGCAAAAAGAAUAUGCUUGUAUACAUCACCAUUUGCUCUGUCAUAGGCGCAAUAUCUGUCGUAUUUACGCAAGGCUUGGGCAUGGCUAUUGUGCACUCGGUCACUGUCUCAAACCAAUUCAACAACUAUUUUAUAUAUAUCGUGCUCAUCAUUGUGAUUGUGACGCUGGUGAUCGAAAUUGUAUAUCUGAACAAGGCAUUAAAUUUAUUCAACACGUCCCUCGUAACGCCAACCUACUAUGUGCUCUUUACGACACUGACGAUCGUGAGCUCAAUCGUCCUGUAUCGACGAUUCGAUGCGACACCCGUGGAGAUUGUUACAGUUGUCCAAGGUUUCUUCUGCAUCUGCUCAGGCGUGGCUUUACUCCAACUUAGUCAACGGAAACAAGGCACCGCUAAGGAACAAGAUAAGGACGUGUUGUCAUCGUCGGGAACAACGAGGAUGGCUCAUGGUGAAACAGCAAAUAUUAUGGAACCUGGUCCAGCUGAGCUUUUCCCAUUUGCUGGGAUUACUCGUUUUGCUAGCACUACACGACGACAACCGCGCUCAUCAUCACUUUCUAUCAGAUCGACAAUUUCUGAAAAAAGUUACCUGAACCCCCGUAAAAAACGAGCAACGACAAUUGCGGGUGCUACUACCUCAAGCAACUUGCCUGUAAUAGUGAUUGAUGACGGUGACAACAACAACAGCACCAGAGAAUUACCUGUUGCGGUAAAUAACACCAUCGGUAUCGGCAACACGAAUCCAGGUGAAGAUGGUUACACUCGUGAAACACGAUGGAAAGAUCAUAUACCACAACCCCCGAUCGCUCGAUACGAACCAUUGAUAGAUCAUCGCCACAGAAAAAUAGAAGCUGCUGCACGGCAAAUCUCUAUCACGGUACAAGAGCCUGUCAUUCCCGUUGUCACAGACAUCGCUACUAGUGCUACACGCCAACAACCACAACAGCAGCCUGCAUCGACUAGUUCGUCCUUUUCAGAUAGACCUAUUCGCAACAAAUUUUUGCAAGGUGUACCAUUUCGAUCCAGAUCCCGCCGAGCGCAAGAUCGUCUCAACAAGUUUAGAGCAUAUAGUUUAGGCCUGCAUAACUCCUCGUCAGAGGAUUAUAGCAAUUUAGUGGUACAACCAUCAGGAAAUUCAUCCUUGUAUUAGAAAGUUUUUUUGAUUAGUAUACAAUAUCCAUUUAUUAUAGCAGCAGAGCUGUUAUAGUCAUCUUUAAUUACACAAAUAAUAACAGCGCUUAUCCAAUUAUAAAGCAUCUCGAGGCUAGCACUGUGCUAUUAAUCUUUUUAUGCUCGCCAGGCCACAAUUCAGUUGAUCACUUCUGGUCGGUUGUUACGCGUAAAAUGUAACAAAUAGAUUUCCAAAAAUAGGGUUUUUGUACGACAGAAUCGAUGAAGCUUCCAAAAGCUUAAGGUCAGUGAUAGUGCAUAAAUGAACAAAAUAUCGGUGUAGCGUGAACAGACAUACAUUGAAAAAUGGAACGUCAAUGCUUUUCGCCUAUUGCUGCUUAGUGGUUUCUCAAAAAGCGUACAAACCGACGUGCACGUUCGCCAUGUUUAAUACGUAUCUAAGUUUUACCUAAUUAACUGCUUGGAAUGUCAU